GUCACACACACAUACUUCUCCAGAGCACAUCCACUCAAACAGUACAUGGGGAUAGGUAUUAGGAGAUUUAGUUCACACGCGUGUUGGAACCUGUCAAGAGUGACGGGCUAGUGCAGAGCUGACUGGAGAAAUUUAGGCUUAUACUGUACUUGAAAUACACGUCUAUAACUAUACAAGCAUACACAGUGGUGUUGUUAAUAUGGAACAUAUUUCUGGAGUGCUGACAAAAUACUUGUGAUCACUGACAACAUGCAGAUAAUAGUAAAGAUUAUACCAUGCCUGAGAGGGAGCUUCAGGAUCUAUAAGAAACUCCUACUUCUACUAUGUGUGGCGACAGUUUUAGUACUGCUUGUUGGCAACAAAGAAAAGCUAUUCAACAAAAUAUUGCCAAGGCAAUCAGCCAAUGAAAGGUAUGACUUGGAAAUGGUAGUAGACUACAAUACAGAAAGCAUAGCUAAGGAUUCGUUGACAAGUGUAAAACUAUUGACAGAAUCUAUAAAGCAGGAACCUCUUACCACUUUGGCACCUCUAAAUGUAACUCCAACACCUAAAGUAGCCACCAAGCUGACCACGCUACGUAAUGUGUCCAAUAAAUCAUCACAGCUGAUCACCAGCAAACAACAUGUGGCCGUCAAGGAACAGGAUGUGACAAAAGCUACAACCUCAAAAGCCAUAGCGAGAAACACAGUGAACCAUAACUCCACAACCUUCUCCUAUUUGGGUGACAAGUAUGCUACAGAUGACACGUAUCUAACUUCUAAAUGCCCAAACCGCAUCAGAGAUAUACUCCAGAGAGAAGAAUUUCAGGAGAUGUUUGUGGAAACAAUACCAGUUUUUCAGUGGAAGAAACAUGCAGAGGAGCUAGAAUACAGAAGACUUCAGAUGUAUGCUGGUUCUCAAGGCUGGAUGGGUGUUACGUGGAGAAUAAUAAAGGACACUCUGAACCUGCUGAACUCUACAAGUAAUGCCUAUAUGUUUGACAACUGGAAGGGGCAUUCUCCCUGUAUACGAUGUGCUGUAGUGGGCAAUGCAGGCAUCUUAAAUGGAUCUGGAAUGGGAAAAGAGAUUGAUGAGCAUGACUACGUCUUCAGGGUGAAUGGAGCUGUUACAGAAGGCUUUGAAGAGGAUGUUGGGACUCGGACAUCAUUCUUUACUUUCUCAACAAACACAUUGAUGAACUCUUUAGGUGCAUAUCGUAGAAAUGGCUUCAAGAGUGUUCCUCGUACACAGGAAACUCGCUUUAUUGUUUUACCGGAUCACGACAGAGACUAUUUAAUGGUACAAGCUGCACUCACAAAGUCCACCAUUGACAGGGGCGUAAUGAAGGGUAUAGACCCAACCAAAUUUUUUGGUAAAAAUCUGACAACAGAGCAUUUCAAAAUCCUUCACCCGGAUUUCAUGCGCUACUUGCGAAACAGGUUUCUGUGGGCUCCAGUUUUAAACACAGCGCACCGUAAUAUUUACCGCCCAUCCACUGGAGCCUCAAUGUUGCUGGCUGCUAUACACACUUGUGAUAAGGUCGUAGAGCCUGGACAAGGUCACCCCAAGUAGAGAGUACCAGGUGUCACUGCAGCAGUCAGGAAACUGCCUCAGCUCCCAAAAUAAUACCCGCCAGAGCAAGCAGUGCAGAAACCGAGGUGCAGGUACUGAUGAGACCACAGAGUUCAACAGAGUCUCUGGACUUCCAGUGAAUACAAAGUCCCUCCAAAUGUCCCCAAGUUUUGAGGGACUGUCAGGAAACACAGAGAAUGGGCACAAUGAGAGCUGAAAACGCCAUUCAAUUUCUGACAGAGCCCACUCAGAAUGUGCGCAUCAUGUUGGGCCACCAGGACAUGUCCCCACUUGUGCUUUAUUUAACACAUAAAACACUAGAAAGAUUGAAAAGGUUUGGGUAUUAAAAACCAUUUCUCUGUGCGGAUGUGAUUGUCCAUAAUACCCAAUUUCCCGUUGGAAGUACCUGUUUUUGGUCAUAAGCAGUGGCGAUUGUUGUGGUGGAGCUGUAUCACAGCCCAAAAUUGAAGUAAUAGAGUCACACCAACUGCUCCCCCAUACACUGCCCCACAUCGCUGUCUAGGACUCACUGUCACUCACUACUACCAGGAACCGCAUGCAGCAGCAGCAGCAAAAGACAGGAUAACACCAGCGCUGCAUCAUCAGCCCGCCCCUCAGGCCAACCAACUUCUAUUGGCUAGCUAUCUGCCCGCCCUAAGACUCAUGAGUCAUAGAUAGAUAGUUAGAUACCCAAUAGUAGAUUGUUGGCUACUGAGGCUGGGGUCAGGCUGAUGAUCAGACGCUGGUGUCAAUCCUGUCGGUUGCUGCUGCUUAUCAUUAGUACUGUAUGUGCACUGCCCCAUUCUACUUGAAGUGCAAGAGAUCCAUCAGAAACAGGCUUCCUUUCUCCGUUUGUAUGAUUCUUCGCUCUUGAUGUUCCCACAAGUCAGCAUAGUUGUGUGUAAUCACAAUGUUACCGACCAGAUCCCACAUUGAAAUGACCAAUAUUCACGGAAAGACAGAUCUGCCCCAAUUCCGUCCAACUGAAAAUAGGCCAGACAUCCAUACAAAUGUGUAAAUUAGCAUCUGCGCAUGAACUGAAUGGAAAAAGUCACUGUUUGCAUCCAUGUACAGAGAUCCGUCCUGAUCUGCCUCAUUAUCUCUGAGUGAUCAC